AACGUACUCGUACAAGUUUUGUUCGUCGAGAGAAAUCGGUCGCAGUUUACGGUACGACAUCGAAGAAAGAUGAGAUUAUUGACGACAGGAAUUAUUUUUAUGGUAGCGGGUGUUGUCGUAGCUGAUGUUGCAUCGGAAUUCAAAGCAGCAAAAAUUGAUCCAGACAUUAUAGACAAAGUUCCAAAUGAAUCAAUCGAUAUCAAGUAUGGAAAGAAGGAGAUAAAGUUGGGAGAUGAAAUAACCCCAACAGAAUCGAAAGACAUACCAGAGGUUCAUUAUAAGCACGAAGGCGGUGUUUUAUAUACGCUUGUUAUGACAGAUCCAGAUAUUCCAGUACGUGGUUAUAAUAGAGAAUGGCAACAUUGGGUUGUCGGAAAUAUUCCGGAAGAUAAAGUACCCAAAGGAGAAGUACUGACUGAAUAUAUUGGACCAGCGCCUCCAAAGAACACCGGUUUACAUCGUUAUGUGUUUUUACUUUUUAAGCAAAAUCAAGGCUCCAUAACGUUUGACGAAAGGCGCAUAGGAAACAGGGAUAAAAGAAGAAAUCGAUUCUCCGUGAAGAAAUUUGCUGAGAAAUAUAAUUUAGAGGGGCCAAUUGCUGGAAACUUCAUGAAAGCUCAAUACGAUGAUUACGUUCCAAUUGCUCAUAAACAAAUUGGCAUAUAUUAAGUAAUAAUAUCUUAAUAUAUAACUGUAAUUUAAUACCAUUAUA